AUGAACCCAGCAGGAAAUAUUGGAUCAGGAGCUGCAGGCUCAAGUGCUUCUACCUUGCCACCACCAUAAUUUUUCGUCGAUCACAAAAAAGGUGAAGUCAAUGAGUUGAAAUAGCUAUUGAGAGCAGUGAGUUUGGACAAAGAUAUCAACAAAAGACGUGAUGUUAUCAAAAAGGUUAUAGCUUAUAUGACUCUAGGUAUUGAUGUUUCAAGAUUGUACCCUGAGAUGGUCAAAGCUUCAAUGACAGAUGAUGUUGUUAUGAAGAAAAUGAUUUACCUUUAUCUUAUUAACUAUGCCGAACAGAAUUAAGAGCUAGCUAUUUUAGCUAUUAACACAUUCUUGAUGGAUUGCAAACAACAGAAUCACAAAAUUAGAGGUCUUGCUCUGAGAAGUUUAUGUUCUUUGAGAUUUGAAGGUGUUCAGUAAUAUCUAUAGUAAGCAAUCUAAGAAGGAUUAAAUGAUGUUGAUCCAUAUGUAAAAAAGACUGCUAUUAUUGGGUGUGUUAAGUUUUAUCAUAUGUCCAAGAAGGACUUCAAAAAGACUGAUUUCUUGGAUACUCUGUACAAACUUACUAAGGAUCAUGAUGCUUUAGUCGUUAUUAAUGCUAUAGAAGCAAUAAAUGAAAUUAGAGCCAAUAAAGGAGGGAUAGAUAUAUAGAGACCACUAGUCAUUCAUCUACUUAAUAGAAUCAAAGAUUUCAAUGAAUGGGGUCAAAGCAUUAUUCUAGAUUUAACUUCAAAAUAUACACCCUCUACUUAAGAAGAGAUGUACGAUAUCAUGAAUCUUUUGGAAGACAGAUUUAAGCAUGCUAGUUCUUCCGUUGUUCUAGGAGCUGUAAAAGUAUUUUUGCAUCUAACUAAGGAUGAUGAAAUUCUUUGCAGGCAGGUUUUUGAAAGGCUACAAGCACCAUUGAUUACUCUAAUGACUUCUAGUGAGACUACUGAGAGCUAUGAAGUAUCCUUUAACGUACUUUCUCAUAUUCAUCUGCUAGUGGUAAAAGGAGCUAAUCAAGUUUUUGAGUCUGAAUACAAGCACUUCUUUAUUAAAUACGAUGAACCAUCAUAUAUCAAGAAUUUAAAACUAGAGAUAUUGGCAUAUGUUGCUAGUCCAAACAAUAUCUAGGAGAUAGUAAAUGAACUUAGUGAAUAUGUCACAGAUGUUAAUGCUGAGAUAGCGAAGAAGAGUAUCAAGUGCUUUGGAACCAUUAUUAUUAGACUGACUAAAAUGUCAAAGACUGUAGCUGCUCAGUUGAGAAACUUCUUAUCACUUAGAAUCAGCUAUGUUACUACUGAAACAGUGAUUGUUUUGAAAGACAUCCUGAGAAAGUACAGAAACUUUAUCGACGACUUUAUCCCCUUUUUCUCAAAAAUUUCUCUUGAUUAAAUCAUUGAAGUAGAAGGAAAAUGCGCAUACGCUUGGAUUCUAGGAGAGUUCGGAGAGUCAAUCGAUGAAUCUCCUUACAUUCUUGAGAAGAUGAUUGAAGAGUAAAAAGAAUUUAAUUCAGUAAAAUUAUCAGGAGUACUAUUGACUGCAACUUUCAAAUUAUUUUUCAAAAGAGCUCCAGAAGUUUAAAGAAUUCUAGGUUCUCUCUUAGAAUCUUUGAUUAAGAAUGUUAAUGAAACUGAUUUAAAAUAAAGAGCUGUAUUUUACUUCAGGCUAUUGAAAACUGAUGUCGGCCUGGCUGAGAAGAUUGUCACUGGCUCUUAAGAGAAGAUCCAUGAAUUUUAUGAAGAUAAAAAUGAAGAACUUAGGGAAAGGCUUUUCCUCGAGUUCAACUCACUAUCUGUUGUUUAUCAGAAGCCUUCCGAGAGAUUCUUGAAAGAUUAGAUUCUCCGACAAGCUUAAGCAAUUGAGAAGAAAUACUACUCAAAAGGAAGAUGGGCUAAGUCUGUCAGAGAGAGAACUGUUGGCCAACCAGAUGAUGACGAAGAAUAAGCCGAAGCUACCAAUAAAAUUAAGGUAACAGAAUAGUAGUAAACAGUUGCAUCUCUUGAUGAUUUGCUUGACUUUGGAGGCUCAUCAUCUCAAUCAAAUAUUACUUAAAACAGUUCAAACACAAACACCACUCAACCUAUUGACCUUUUAGGCGAUCUUGAUCUAGGAGCCUCAUCUGGUAAUAUGGGAGGAUACUAACCAUAAGUUUUAUAAAACAACAAUAAUGUAGGUGGAGGUCUCAUCUCUGAUGAUUUAAUUAAUACAACUGCAGCAUAUAAUCAAAAUAUGCAAAAGCAAAGUGUUCCCAAAUAGCCAACAGUUAAUUAUGCAUUAGAUUCUUUAUCAGGAUUCGACAACAACAUGUUUGGUUUAGGUAAAGCCCAACAGACUAACCAGCUAGUCGAGUUGACUCCUACUCCAGAUAUUGAUUCUGAGAGAUUCCAGUAACUUUGGAUGCAGCUACCAGAAUGCUAGAACAUUCAAAAGCCAUUGAGACAAGAUGUAAUAUUCCAGUGUAGUGAUGUAGAGCAGUUACUUGCCUAGCACAGAAUCUACUGCAUGGCAAGCGGUCAAAUUGGAAAUGAACUUAAAUUCUUCUUUUAUGCUUAACUCAUGGACAAGAGUGGCUAUUUCUUGCUUGAGACAUUAUUAAACCAGCAAACUAGUGUCCUAACAUCCAAUCUCAAGACCACAAGAACUGAUGUGGGCUUAGCCUUCCUCAACAAUCUAUAUAAAGGUUUCGGAACUUUGCUUCUUUAGUGA